AUGUAUUCAAUAAUUUCAUGCAGAAUGAAUCAGUUGCAUAAUAUAACUAAUGUUAGUUGCUCACAUCUUUCACUCUUACAUGUUAGAAAGCCUCCAAUUUAUGUGCCAUGCAUGACCAACGUUUCUUCUAAAUUCUCGACUCGCUUGGGUUCGCACUUCCUACGUAAGUACAGGAGUUCCAAGCUACCUCUCAUAUGUGCAUCGCUGAACUCUUCGGAUUCCUUGCUUCCCGAUCCAAUCCCUCAGAUAAUAAAGCAAAAAUCAAUGUUCAUUUUGGAGAUUCUUAAGCAAGCAAAUUCACUUCUACCUUACGUAGUCUUUUCAAGUACACUUCUAGCUCUAAUCUUCCCGCAUUUUUUUACGUGGUUUACCAGCAGAUACUAUGCUCCUGCAUUAGGAUUUUUGAUGUUUGCAGUUGGAGUUAAUUCAAGUGAAAAGGACUUCCUUGAAGCAUUUAACAGGCCAGCAGAACUUUUCACUGCUUAUUUUGGUCAAUUUGUAGUGAAACCUCUUCUUGGUUAUCUUCUUUGCAUAAUUUCAGUAAACAUAUUUGGUCUACCGACGGCAACAGGCGCAGGAAUUGUAUUGCUGGCUUGUGUUAGUGGAGCGCAGCUCUCAAGUUACGCUACUUUUCUAUCCGACCCGCAAAUGGCACCAUUAAGCAUAGUUAUGACAUCGUUGUCAACUAUUUCUGCAGUUUUUGUCACACCACUCUUACUAUUGUUACUCAUUGGGAAGAAACUUCCUAUAGAUGUAAAAGGAAUGGUGUUUAGUAUUACACAGGUUGUGCUGGUUCCUAUUACAUUGGGUUUACUUUUAAAUCGAUUCUUUCCUCGUAUUUGUAAUGCUAUUAGACCGUUUUUGCCUCCACUAUCGGUAUUGAUAGCAGCACUCUCUGCAGGAGCACCACUUGCUCUUAACAUUGACUCAGUUAAAUCUCCCUUUGGUUUUUCUAUCUUUUUGCUCGCUGUUGCUUUCCAUUUAUCAUCUUUUGUAGCCGGUUAUAUUCUUAGCGGACUCGUCUUUCGUGAUUCUCCUGAUGUGAAACCACUGCAGAGAACAAUAUCCUUCGAGACAGGAAUGCAAAGUAGCCUCCUUGCCCUGGCUCUUGCAAAUAAAUUCUUCGAAGAUCCAGUUGUUGGAAUGCCUUCUGCAAUUUCUUCUCCGCUUAUGUCUUUGAUGGGUUUUUCUCUUGUUCUGAUUUGGUCGAAAAUAAAGAGCAAGUCAAAACUUAGCAGCUGA